UCCACCCUACAGUCAACUUCAGGUUCAGGCUUGUCGUUUAAUUGUUUUUUUUCUGACGAUUUACAAAUCACACUUGACACUUACCAGAUACGUUUCGCAGGCCGGAGAGGAAAAUUCGGUAGUUCUCGGCUUGACGUACGACGCGUCCUUCUAUUUUUAAAUCUGGCCAACAUCAAAUAACAAAAAAAUAUAUAAUAAUCACUACAGUAGAGUUUUGUUUUUUUUUUAACUCGAGUAAUCAAACACAUAAUUUAUAUCCAAUUGACAUUGCCUAGUUUUGGGUUUUUCGAACGACAGAACAUGUCUUCAAUUUGUAUGUACUACAGGAGGGGAACUUGCAGAUUCGGCGACCGAUGUUGGAAUUCACACGAUCUAGAUUCUGGACGAUCAGACAGGGAAAGCCAGCCCGACAGUUCAGGUGAUGAAAUAAUAGUUCGUCCUCCUAGUUCCAAUGAUUCACCUACAAGUAGUAUUCCUAGAUCACGUAUUGGUCGACCUAGUUCAAAUGAUUCACGUUCGACUAGUAUUCAAAAGCAAAUCAGGCGGCAAUUUUUAGAUGCGGCCAAUAAAUUCCAAAGAAAUCAAAACAAUACCGAAGCUGUUCCAAAACCAAACAUUUGGUCUUUGUCGAAUAAAGAAUCUGGUGAAACUAGAGAAGGUUCACCUGAUAGUAUGCUUGUAGAAGCUGUAAAAAAACUUAAUGAAGCAGAAAAUGAAGUGCGAACCCUCCGUCAACAAUUGUGCGGUAAUAACGAUGGUGAAAGUUUUUCUUGGGUAGCACAUCAGUUGGAACAAGCCGUAGACAGUGAUCUACAAUGCAACAUCUGCUAUGAAAUGUUCAUUAAGCCUACCGUAUUAAAUUGUUCGCAUACAUUUUGUCAUGAUUGUAUAGACUCGUGGACGAGACGAGUCAAUCAUUGUCCCACGUGCCGCGUGUAUGUCAAAAGCAAGUCACAUUGUUUGACGCUAGAUAGUUUCUUAGAUAAAAUUUCUGAACAUUUACCAGAUGAAGUCAAGCAGAGACGAGAGAAUUUAAAAGUAGAAAGAAAUAACUCUAGAGAAGUAAAUAGAAAUCGAAGGGCCAACAAUAGACGUCGUAACAAUCGAGGGCAAUCCGUACGACGAACAUUGGGUAUGAUAUGGGGUGAUCGUGGCAGAGAAGGUGCAGAGUGGAAUUUUGCAGAUACCUUAUUUGAUCCCAUUCGGUUAGGCGACGUAUUAGGAAGAAAUAGAAACGAAAGAGAAGACCUCGAAUGGGAUGACAAUUUGUCUGACAGCAGCAUGGACAGUAUUAACGAGUUUGGGUACCGUUUUUGCUCUUAUUGUGACAAUACAGGACAUUCGUCUGCCAACUGCCCUUUAGCCCUAAUGGAGGAGUCUGACGAAUGAUUCUAUUUUCUCGGAUAACACGACUAUGGGAUCAAUCGAGUAUUGCCGCGUGUGCAAUAGAAAUUAUUAUUUGACUAUAGAAUGUAACCACAAACGUUUUCUGUGAUAUCGGAUAUUUGAAUCACAAAAACAUAAUAAAUCUAAUAUUUAGUGAAUGUUGAAAAUAUUUUUCUCGUAGAAGUUUUUUUUUUUUUUUUUGGAAUAUUUAUAACUGUAAUUUAUACUAUAAGAAUAACUACAUUGUUUUUGAUAACAAAAAAAAAGCUAUAACCGUAGCAUUAAUUUGUAUAAUAUUGACGCGAUCUAAAGAUGAUCAUAAGAAUAAUUUUGUUCAAGAAAAUAUGUUUUCUCGUUUCCAAAUUUGAUUUUUUUUUCUUUUGCUACCACAAAUUUACAUUCCACUCGAUAAUAGAAAAAAAAGUUUUUCCUAUUUAUUUGUAUAUUAUUUAAAUUAUUGUACAUUUUUUUUUUUAUUUAGUAUCGCCAUUUUUGUUAUUAUUGUUUAAUUAUUAUUAUAAAGCAAGGGGGGCUUAAUUAAAUAAAUUAAUUUGCUAUUUAAUAUUAUUUUAUUUAUUUUAAUUCAAAACAGAUACUUUCAAUUCUUUGACUAAUUUCUCCACAUUUCCUAUUCUUAGGAGAAAUUUAUUAAGUUAAAAUAUUUUUUUUUUUAGACAAGUUCAGUAUAAAGAUCAGACUUAUAAUCUGCCGUGUUAAAUAGACAUAA